AAAACUCGUCGAUCACUGCGCAGUCCCGUUCGCAUCGUUUCUGAUACAAUUGCUCCCGGGAAGCUCGUUUCUUCGCGCUUACGUCUGCUUGUCCAGCAAACGGUUCCUCAGGUGGGGUACGCUCGAUUGUGUCCAAUAAAUCGAGUUGCUUCAAGUGCGCCAAAAAUCGCGUUCGCCAUUUGUUGUACUCGCGCUUACGACCCGUGAACACACCUACGUGGCGUCGUUUCAUUAUCAAUUCACGCGUGUUUUCGUCCGGUGCAAUUGGGCACGAGGAGAAAUCGAAAAACUGUUUCAUCUGCGCUUUAGUUUUGUGGGAUACAAUGUAUGGAUGAGCUAUACCGGUGUUAGACUCCAUUACUUGUUUGUUCAACAUGAACGGACACUUCUUCAACAGUAGAUCAUAGCAAAUAACUAAUUUUAAAAACGGAUGUUAGGUUAUUUCCUGCAUACACAACAAAAGGUUAUGAUAGCGAUGGUUAAGUUAGCCGUUGCUAAGACGCACAGUGCGUUGAACGUAAGAGAAUUCAGGACAAAAAAUCGCAACGCAAGUGAUUGUUUUGUACAUAUAAAUAUAUAGCACAGACAACACAGUGCCACUCAAUGGCGAUUUCAUCGACCAUUUCGAUUAUUUUUAAAUUUUUCUUAGUGGGCAAUAACGCGGCCAGUGUCGCUAAAAGCAAACGUGCACAUUCAUUAGGGACCAUCCAUAAAUGAUGUCACGCAAAAUUUGGCAAAAAUUUACUUCCCCCUCCCCCUUGUCACAAACUGUCACAACUUUUUUGACCCCCACCCCUCAGUAACACGUUUACACGUCACGUUUUUAUAUCCCCUGCUUGGUUAUAAUUGAUUAAAAAUUGAGAAAUUUGUAAAAAAUGCAUUUUUUCUAACUUGGAACGAUUUUACUAAAAUAACUGAAAGGAAAAGAAGAUUAUAAAAGAUAACUAGAAAUGACGCUCAAUCCUUGGUCCCAGCAUUUUGUUGAUGGAGUCGCAUAACUAACUGCAAUAUCAUUGCUGAUUCCUAAAAGACCAUCCAUAUUUAGUUCCUCUUCUUAAAACAAUUCGCAAUCCAAAUUUUCUCCACAUGGUACAAUAACCAAUCAUUUUUAUUCACGUUUUGUCACGAUAUACUAAAAAUGCACUGAAUUGCGCUGUCAUUCAUAAACAAACAUGCACGGCAAAAUAACAACAUUAUGAACAUUAUGUUUUCUAAACUUAAAAAAAAUACUUCGCUUUAUCUCAAGUGAAUGUUCAGCAAAAAAAAAGUGAUCGUAAAUCUAAAUCGGAAGUGACAGGUCGCUCGUCUGACAAGGAUUUUCCAGCGAAUUUCGUAGUAUUUUAAUAUAAUGUAGUCUUUGAUUCAACAUAAAAUGUCCCGAAAUAUGCGACUGUAAUAUUUUCUCAUAGUUUUGAUUGUUUUCUAGUCGCAAAACUAUGUCAAUUUAAUCAAAGAACAUUAAAACUGCAUUGUACUGUGCGAGAAACAAUCAUACAAAAUGACGUCGCUAGAAAUCUUCGCGUCGCUGGACUCACCAGCGAAUUGCAGAGUAGUGCUGCAGCGACAAUAUGAAUGAAUGAUGCGAUCAUCAAAUAGUUCUGAGUUGUGGUAUGGCUGUGUCUUUUUUUUGAGUUGAAAUGUGAUGUCACACUCAAGCUAACCCUCCCUUCCCCAUAUGUCACAAAAUGUCACAAUAAUCUAAACCCUCUCCCCCCCCCCCCCCCCUAAGUGCGUGACAUCAUUAAUGGAUGGUCCCUUAUCAAAGACAAAAACCGUCACAAAUGCCGCUGAUGUUGAUUUAAGCAAGGGUGCACACCCAUUAGCAAAGACAAAAGUCGUUUCGAAUAUGGACGAAGAUUUUUCAGGAUUUUUCUUCUAACAGGCACGUCUGUUUGUCUGUGUAUAUAGUAUUAAAUAUUUAUCUGUACAUAGUAUUGCCAUUGAUCCUUGAUGCUUUUUUUCUCUGAUAAGCUUAUGUAAGGUUUCUAAAGCAUUUAAGAUAGUUUACCAAAAAGGCAGAACAGAUGCUUCUAUGAUAUCUGAACUGUGUACCAAUAGUUUAUUGAGAGUAAUAGGUGUUAUCAGUACGUAUACGUAAUCAGUGACCUAGGCAAUCGCUUAUCAUUGUUACUUUCGAAUUUAUUUUCGGAUCCUGAUCCUGCGCUGUGUUUUCAUCAUUAUUCGGACCAUACCCUAGUCUCGACUUGUCGAUAAUUAGACUCAUUUGAGGUCGGAUUUUUUAAUACUCGUUUGUAUUCGACGUUUGAUAACUGCAAGACUUAACUGCAACGCUUUUUAACUGCAAGACCGAUAACUGCAACAACUUUGCAGUUAUCGGAUCGCAAUCUGUCAAAUCUGAUGUCAAAGCCAUAAUUGACAUUGAAGUGACAGAUCUUGCAGGGGGAUUCUAGAUGCAUUCGAAAAUGAAAAUUGUUGAAUCUCUUGAAACAUUUCAACAGGACUCAUUUCUCUCGACUUUUUUUUGUCUUCGUUUACUUGUUGUCUCUUAAUUCUAAUUGGAAGAAUAUAGAUCUCCAUUACUUAAUGAAGCAAAAUCAUCAUGUUAUGUGGUUCACUUUCCGUAAUUAUUAUGGAAGAAAAAAACCCCUUGGGCAUUGUUUGGCUAGCUUUCACUACUCAGCGAGGCAGUGCAUAGUAGGUCACAAACAAUAUUUUGUGACCUAGCGUUAAAUAGACCAUUUUACGAACUGACAGGUGUUAUGGAUUCUGCUGACAUUGAUGUUGCUUUUACUUGCGUUAUGUCAGCGGUUCCGAGCUUUCUGUCAAAAUUUCAUUCACGAAUUGAGUUCAGAAACGUGUCGUAAAAUGUUCUAUUGUAGUGACCGGUAAAACCGAUAAUUAUCCCAAUACCGGAAUACCGGUAUUGGAGAGGCGAAAAAAACGGUAUUUCCGAUAUUUUUCCUAGAAUAAAAAAAAUGGCACAAUAUCCAUAAAUCAUUGUAAGGAUAAUAAAUGCUACCCACUUAGGCAGGCGUUAAAAAUCACAUGACAGUGUAUAUAAUAAUUACAUUUAGACAGAAGCAACAUUGAAUGUUAAUUUACCCUUACCUAUUUAUCAAUUUUUGUUUCCUUCUUGUUUGUUCUGCUUGGAUUCAGACGAUGUGUUUGUGUGUAUCGAUAAUAUGUCAAAAAUUUUCAUAUCAACAAACCAAAACAUAUAUUUUCAGCUAAUCUUCACACACUCAUAAUUACAGAGACAACUCGUGGGUUUUGAACCUACUAGUUCAACUACAAACUCUGAAAAUCAUAGUUUGAGGCAGUAAUCAAAAUCAUGUCCGCGAAAAAACGCAAGUCAUUAUUCGUUUUGUGCUAUUUAAAAGUAAAACUAAAAAAAUAAUUUAUAAAAACCAAUUUGGAUUAGUUAUUUUUGUUUGUUUGGCGUCUAUAUGUGUAUUGCACAGGUUGCACCCAAUUAUGGACAAGUUGUAAUUUUCAGAAUUUCAUCCUAAAAAUUACUGCUCCUUGAAAAAGUGAAAUUUAAAUAGCUGUAGCAUGCUCAAAGUUUCGUUUCUCAUACCGCAGCGGAUUUAUUAGCAAUAAUUCUAGCUAAGAAAAAUGCUUUCUAAGAUUCAACUGAAUUUGGACAAGCUUUUUAAAGAGCAUCGAAUUCGUAAAAUGUAAAUUCGUAUCUGAUUGUCAUUUCAUUUUCUUCUUCAAUCAUUUACUCUUCUGAACAGUUUCAAAAAAUUUUUUCUAAGAAUUUUAAAGUUAUUUACUAAUUUAAUACUAAGUUUUGCGAUGUAAAAGAAAAUUGUAAUAAAAAUCUACAUGUUUUUUGUUAUGAGUUUCUAAAUUGUAUUCUUCGUAAGCAUAUCACUGGAUUCAUUCAUUGAAGUUUUCCAAACACUGGUAAACUUAUUCAGUGUUGUAUCUGGAUCGUAUACCACAAGAGAUAUAAACAAUGGUCGCAAUGGUCCAAAUCUUACAAAAAAAAAUCCGGAUCGUAAUGAAGUAUAAACGUACUAAUAAAUGCAAAAACAUAAUUAUGCAGCGACACGUACUUCGAUACAACCUGAGUUGCUAAGUAAAAAAAAUCUUCAAAUCCCAAUUUAUGUAUAUAUUUAAUUAUUUUUCAGUUUUAUUUUUAAAUAGUACAGAGGAAUGACUUACGUUUUUUCGCGGACAUGAUUGUCAUUUUUUCUCCAAACUAUGAUUUUCAGAAUUUUGUAGUUGAACAAGUAGGUUCAAAGACCAGGAGUCGCCUCUGGUUUGUAUUAAUCCAAAAAAAAAAUAAAAAUACCGGUUUUUAUUUCUAUGAAUACCGAAAUACCGGUUUUCCGAAAAGUCGGUAAUACCGACCACCCUAACUUACUGAUUAUGUAAAGUAGUUACUAAAACGCAAUAAAUUAUGAUGCGGAAAUAUGAAUAUCAAAUUGAUUAAUCAAAAAGAUUGCCUAUUUUAGUUUUCUGCUAUUUUUGGCCACUAUUCCAUCAAAAAAAUACAUUUCGACAUCAUUGAAAACAAAAAUGGCAGUGACGGACCCCCUCUAAAUUUUGGCAUCUGUCAAGUAUUGCAGUUAUCGAACGGCAUUCGAUAACUGCAAUGUAAAGAUGUUGCAGUUAUUGAACGACGACUGUAGGUACAAGAAUCGCUGUGUUCCCAUUUUCUACCAUAUUUGCGGAAUGCCUUGAACAAUAUUCAGCAAACUUGACAUACAUGUUCCUUAUAUAUUUAUUAGAGGCACUCAAAUUUUGAGUUUGAUUUUGACAAAAGCCUAUGAGAAAUGGGAGAGCAGUCACUAAAAGAGGGGAGGGGGGUUCAAACAAGUCCAUAAAUAAUUUCCGCUUUUUUUACAAUAAAUUACACGGUCAUGACAUGACCGUGAUACAGCUGCAAAUGAUUUGAAGCAACUUGUUUCGAUCAUAACAAGUAGAAAAAAUACUAAGUGAUGGAAAUAGUUUUGUCCGCUUGCUUGUACGAGAUCUUUUUUACGCGGAUUCAGGAAUUUACGCGGAUUUUUCAGAAAAGUCGUUUUUAACGCCGCAUAUUUUGAGUUUUCGUGUAAAAAUUGCUUAUUUAAAGUGUCCGAUGAGUUUACUCAAUCCAAUUACUAAAUAUUCAUUUAGUGCACUUCCCAAGACCUAGCGUGUCCUAAUCAUAAAGGUUUCGCUGUACCGGUCUUCCAACAACGAUACAAGAAAGACAUUUGUUUGGUUUUCUCUUUGGUUGCUCUCAGCAACGCAUGCUACAAUGUGAUGAACACGCGAUCCUGACGAAAUAUAACUCGUUUCCACCAUCAACUUUUCAAGAUAUGGAAAACUCGUCGCAGGACGUUAUUGAGUCAUCCCAAAAGUCAGGCCGUCGUGGACGGAUUCGAGUUUCCAAAACAUCCGCAACGAAGGCUAGGCGUUCUCAGCGGGUAUCGAAAGCUAAGAUGGUGAAAGGUUUGGAAACCCUGGUUGAUACUGCGACCGGUUCUACGGAAGAAAGUUCUGCAAACGUAUCUGGAAGUUUGUUUAAUGGACAGUAUGAGCUGCUCAAGCAAUAUCAGGACCACGAGACUAUCUUGAGAGAAUAUGAUGUUAUUUUGGAGGAAGUGUUAGAGCAAUCACGCAAGGCUUACGAGAAAAUGCAGCUACAAAGUAGAUCCCAGGACGUUUUCAGUAUGGACACGAAUCAAAUGUCAAGCAAAAGCGUCGAGCCUGACGCUCCUAAUCGAGGUAUUUCACAACAUCAAAAGGAUUUGGUUCAAAACCGAAAUGAUGUCAGUGUCCAAACGAACGUUAUGCAACCAAAACUUUGCACGGUUGCAGUGCAAGUGACACCAACCGGAAAGUGUUGCGACCGACAAAAUACUGUGUCCACAUCUACGAAUACAGAGACGAUCAGUUUUAAAGAUGCCACCAAUCAAACGAUUAGUUUGGAAAGCCGAGACGUUGGAGUGCAGAAGUAUCACAUCACUCGUUUGCGGGAUGCUUCCGUGCAAGCAAUGAUCGGUAACCCGUUGCGUAUAACAGCCAAGCGCAACGUUUCCAUUCAGCGUACGUCCAAAACAUUGGAUUUAAACGACGACUGUGCCCUUCAGCUGGCGGCUGAAUUGAAGUGUGAUCCAGCUCGUUUGCUGUGGCUAAUGUUGCGAAUGUCUGCCAAGCAGCAGAAUUUCGUCCAUGAUGAUAGCUUACAGAGCACCCAAACCAGUGUGGAAUUUUCCAGCGAAGAUCCUUAUUGGGCUAAUUACAACUUUUUCCUAGGUGAAUCCGCAGAUGAUCGCAAUAAUGAAGGACUUAAUUAUGACCAAAUGACAAGCUGUUGUGUUGAAGAUUUCAUCGUGUGACGCACAGGAAGGAAACGUGAUAUUUGCAGUAAAGCUGGGGCGUUCUAGUUAAUCAGUUGAAAUCAAUAAAUAUUAUUGUAACUUUUGUUUCCGCUCAUGGCAAAGGACAGCCAAUUUACCCAAUAUUCCAACACUAAAUAAAACAUUGCCAACAUCAUAUUUCUUACAAACUCUGCACAGCUCCUAGAUAAUUCGCUUAGCUACGUUGCUUAAUUUUUUUCCGUUGGUAAUAAUGAUAAAGUUUAUGUUUCAUUUUUAUGCCUACCAGAAAUAUGUACAUAACACAGCGUUGUUGAUUCAAAACUCUUGCUACUAUUGAAGGAAGUUUCAAUCCAUUUGAGAGGAUUAAAAUUACGUUUCUAAAUAUUAUUAAUCAUUUAACUCACUAACUCAAAUCUAGGUAGUUUUUGCUUUGUUCUACUACUUUAAACCAAAGAAUAAAAAAAAAUAUGUACCUACAUGGAAGUGCCAGUCACAUUGAAAAAGUUAUCCAUUGCAACAGCUAAAACUCGUAACAUUUUUCGAAUUACACGUGUUUUCGGUUUUGCACCUAUCUUGCUCAGUUGCGGGUCGGUGGCUGGAAGAAGAAGAAAAUACUGAUUCAAAUGCCUCGCUCACGGGGACGGGGAUUAAAACUCACGUGAAUGAAAACCAUUUUGGGCAUCCAUCGUUUGAUCAGGGUGUCGAGCUCUGCUUUCAGCUGCGCUUCCCGGCUCUCUUGGUUUUCACCGGCCUCCCCUAGUUGAGUAUUGCUGGUUUCGUUCGAACCGGCCGAUAUGUUCAUCGGAACGGGGGUUCCUUUGCCUCCGGUUGCAACUACUGACGACAGUUGCUGCUGACUGGUGCUGUUCGAUGCGAGUUCGUUCGAUCCUGUCGCACCCGAGUGAUUGAUGUAUUCGAGUUGUAAUUCCGGUAGUGGUUGCCAGCCAGCCUUUAGGGGGUAGAGGUUGAACAGCAGAUCGUACGUAGAGAAGGCGAAAAUCGUUACAUUGAGCUGUAAUGGGGGGAUAUUUUUUAGUGUCGUAUAUUAAUUGUUUAUGUAAAAGUUUAUUGCGAAUCUGG